AUUACAUCUUCACUCCCCCAACCCAAAUUGGUUGGUUUUGGUUCAAACAUCCUACCUUUGAAACAAAAAUGGCGGCCUUAGCAACCACCGCACUCUCUCUCUCCACCAUCAACAACCUCAACCGCAACCCAACCCCCACAUUCUCUCUCUUACCCACCACCAAACGCAAACUCUCACUACCACCACCCUCCGCCCUCCCACCACUCCUCUCAGCCAUCACCGACAUCGACACCAGCCCCGCCACACUCGCCGUUAUCGGAGGCGGAUCAGUGGCGGCAUUAGCAGCAAUAAUCACAUUAACAGACCCGGAGAAGCGGCGACAGCAGCAAGCGGAGGUGGUGGGUGGCGGGGACAAGGAGGUUGUAAGGGAGUACUUCAACGGAACGGGGUUUCAACGGUGGAAGAAGAUUUACGGAGAAACGGAUGAUGUGAAUAAAGUUCAGAUGGAUAUUCGUAUUGGACACGCUAAGACGGUUGAGAAUGUGAUGAAGAUGUUAAAGGAGGAUGGCCCACUUGCUGGAGUUACUGUCUGUGAUGCUGGGUGUGGGACCGGCUCUUUGUCUAUUCCUUUAGCUAAGGAAGGAGCUCUUGUUUCUGCUAGUGAUAUUUCUGCUGCUAUGGUUUCUGAAGCUCAGGGCAAGGCAAAACAGGAGCUUCGUAUUGACACUACUGACGCCUCGUCAAAUAUUGUGAUGCCAAAAUUUGAGGUCAGUGAUUUGGAGAGCUUAGGUGGAAAGUAUGAUACAGUUGUCUGUCUUGAUGUUCUCAUACAUUACCCUCAAAAUAAAGCUGAUGCAAUGAUUGGCCACCUCGCUUCAUUGGCUGAGAAUCGACUGAUUUUGAGUUUUGCACCCAAUACAUGGUAUUAUUCCCUCUUGAAGAGAAUAGGGGAGCUAUUUCCAGGGCCUUCAAAAGCCACAAGGGCAUAUUUGCAUGCAGAGGCUGAUGUAGAAAGGGCGUUGCAGAAGGCUGGGUGGAAAAUUAAAAAGAGAGGAUUGAUCACCACACAAUUUUACUUUGCCAAUCUUAUCGAGGCAGUACCUGUUUGAAACACAUUCAAAGGUUAGAUUCAUGUUUAUGUUCUCUGUCAAUCUGUAGUAUUUUUUUGUUUAGUCUUAUGUAAAGUCCUGUGAUUUUAAGUGUAUGUUCAAAUUCUGUAUUAUCAUAAUAUUCUGUAUCCAUCAAGUAUAGGCAAUUCUAACUCUAAUUAGAAAAAGAACAAAAGUUACAGUUUUGUAUGGGAGGCUUUUGUUGUCCAUGAUAAUGAAAAUAAUUAGCUCAUUUUUCUUA